UUGGAGUCCUUCGUGUAAAUAAGAGUCUUGUUCCUUACUACCACUACCACACUUCGUAGUGAUGGACCGUCAUGUAAACAAAUUAUCGAUUUUGCAUCAUAAAGGCGUAAACAAAACACUCCGAGGAACAUAAAUCGAUUGUUUGCGGUUUUCUGCGAAACCACAAACCACCAAUGGAAGCCUCCACGGUUGCCACCCUGCUGGAAAUUCCAAGCAACAAUCCGGUGUCGUACUGUCGACUGUGUUUGUCCAGUGCCGCGGUUGAACCUAUCUACCCGGGGGAACCCAGCCAGAGUCUCAUCGACUUAAUUGCCAAGAAUGUCCAGGUCACGUUCAUCGUUGAUGAGGAUCUGCCCUGUGCCGUCUGUCAGAACUGUCGACUGAAGCUGGAAGACUUCGAGCGCUUCCGUGACCAGUGUCAAAAGUUGGACAAUUUUGUUCGCAAUCGAAGACGUGAGUUGGCACUACUGCAGGCGGCAAUUGCCGUGCCACAGCUGGAGGAUGAAGUAUCGGAAGAAAUUGCCAUCAAAGCAGAUCCGGAAGCGCUCCUUGGAGACGACGACAGCUUGCCAUAUGUGCUGACCGACGACAGCUGGCAUCGGUGUAAGUUCUGCUCCGAGGCAUUCCAGAGCCUGUCCGUGUUGGUGGAGCAUUUCAGGAUGCGACAUCCGGAUGAAUCAAAGAUGUACAAAUGUCCACACUGCACUCGGACCUACUCGUCGAUUGAGGUGGCGGAAAGCUCGACGACGACGGCAAGUCCGGCUUUCAAGUGUGACGAAUGCGAUGCAGUGUUCAGUCACCGGAUUGGGCUGUCCCGCCACAAGGAUCGGUAUCACGACAAGGCAUCCCCCAACUAUGCCAUCGAACGAAUCAAGUGUGAUCACUGUGCAAGCGUGUUCGUCGAUAUGAAGCAGAGGACGCGCCAUCAACUGCAGGUUCACAUGAAUGCGGCGAAUAGCUCGAAGAGUUCGUCACAAGUCGACGGCAUUCACGUGUGCGAGAAAUGUGCGGUCACAUUUUCCCCUUAUCAGGCACUUCUGGUGCACAUCCAGGAAUAUCACUGGAAUGACCCUCCACAAGAGACGUUCAGCUGUUCGGUGUGCACAAAGCCCUUCGACAAGCGACGUCUGUUGCAGUAUCACAUCCUGGUGGCCCAUCUGGGGCAGAUUCCGUACGCGUGCAACCACUGUGGCGAAUGGUUUCGGACCAAGUCGCACCUGAAGCAGCACAAGACAAUGUUUCACGAGCGGAAUCUGUUCGACACGAACCGGUGCGAGUUUUGCGGCCAGACCUACGAUGAAGCUGGUCCGAAGGACGAUGUGCAAUGAAUGGGGCGUUUCGAAGCAGUGUUGAUGAGUGUUUGAUUUUCUGGCUUUUUACUCUUGAUGUGUGUGGAAUAAAAUACCUAUGUGCGAUUCA